GGCCUUACUACGGAGACCUUUGUGUCCAUCAACCCGGGUAUCCCCUACCCGGAUCUCGUGAGUGGACAAGACUACUAUGUAGUUGGCACAGUCACCUCCACUGGGCCCACCACCACAGCUUCUUCCACGGUGACCACUUCUACGGUCACCAGUUCUACGUCGGCGUCAGCCGCAUCAACCUCGUCAUCUUCGGCUCCAUACCGGCCUCAACAGACUGGAACUGCUACCACUUACGACCGAUACCACCUAGUAGUAAAGGGCGACUCGUGCAAUGCCAUUCAGAGCCAGUAUGAUAUCAGCUUGGCCGAAUUCCUCGCCUGGAACCUAUCACUCACCUCUGAUAAAGCUCUCGCACUGACCCGUGCUACAGAUUGCAAUAACCUCCUGGUCGGAUACUACUAUUGCGUCGAUAUCCCCGGCGCCACCAAGGUCGCUACUACCACCACGGUCCCAGUCACAACAACUCCUGCCGACGGCAUCACUACCCCCAGCCCCAUUCAGACUGGUAUGACCGCCACUUGCAACAAGUUCGACCUCGUCAAAGCUGGCGAUACCUGCUUUGUCAUCGCCAACAAAUACAACAUCCCCCUCGCCAGAUUCUACGACUGGAACCCAACCGUCGGCUCUUCUUGUGCCCAUCUUGAUGUGGGCGACUACGUCUGUGUGGACAUCACUGGCUACACCGCGACGACCUCAACCACAUCUUCCGGUAACGGAAUUCCGACCCCUACUCCCUUUGAGCCCGGAAUGGUGGACGACUGCACGACCUUUUACUUCGUCAGCUCAGGUGACACUUGCGCGAGCAUUGCUAGCAGCAAGGGCGUGACUGUCGCUCAGGUUACACAGUGGAAUCCUAAAGUUGGAACUGGUUGCACGGACCUUUGGUUGCAUGAGUAUAUCUGUGUUGGAGUAUAA